UACCCACACGCACGGGAGUGGCUUUAUCGAAGCGUGAGAGAGAGGAGGAUACCUUACUUAAACGUGAAACAAACUUAAGUUGCCCAAGAUAACGCGAGGAAGGCUUCAACAGACUGUUUUACAAUUCAAGAGACGUCGUCAUGGCAUACGCUGCGUAUUGGACGAUGCUCAAAAGUGAGCCUUCUGCACAAAAACAAGCCUAUGUCCCUCAGACGUCAAGGUUUCAGUCUCAGCAGGUCACACCCACCCCAACAGCACAGGUUUCCACAGCUAAACCUGCACAAUAUGAGAAAGGACCUACGCAAUCCUCCACGGCAUCCGUGGCUGUCAAACCUGGCACCACCUCUGCAACCCAAGCAGCUCAAUCAUUAACAUCUACUGCAGGAGCUGCUGGCAGCGGAGGGGCUGCUAGUACUGCAGCCAGUCAGAAAGGACCUUCCCAAUUAACGCAAUUGACCAACACUAAACCAACACCUCUCUCGCCUGCCAAAGUCCCAGCUGUGUUCUCUGGAACUGGAUCUGGCUUAACAGCUGGAGGGGUUGUGAAGUCCCCCGCAGACACAGUGAAGCCCAAAGACCCUGCACAAGAAAAGGCCCAGAAUACAACUAUUCCUUCAACCAAACCGGUACCUGCUAAGGUGGAUGCAGCUGUCGGAAAACCCUCCCCCACAACUGGUUUACCUGGAAGUGGUGGCCAAAAGUCUAUAAGCACCCAAAAGGUGCAAGUGGAAGUUGGCCCACCCGCAGCUAAAGUCAGUACUGAGGCUGGAGAUCCGUUUGAUGCCUUGGCAGGCACUUUACCAUCAUCAAAACCUGUGGCUCCUAAAGUUCCAGAAUACUCUGGACCAGAAGUCAAAGAGUCUAGUGUAAAGCCAGAGAGGGGUGUUGUUUGUGGUGAGAGAGAUGACACACUGCCGCCAGGAUACAGACGGGAAGACAUGGAAAAGAAAACACCUUCUGGAGUUCCUGACAAGCCUAAAGAAGUUCCCAAGCCUAUAAGCACAGAUGAGGCACUGGACUCCCUCUCGGCCGGGUUCGUGUCUUCAGCUCCAAGUGCUCCUAAACAGAUGGUGAAAACUGAAACUGUUGGAGCAGUAGAUGCCCGCUCAAACUUUGCUCCUCCUCCACACUCUCAGCAGAAACAACAGGUGACGUCUCAACCUGCUAAUGAAAACAAAUCACCUGCUCCACCAGCUGACAAGAAAGCCAGGAUGGAGAAGUCGGACGGUUCCAUGCCGAUGGACGCGCUAAGCGCUUUGGGAGACACCCUGGGCGCUCCAGAAGCACCAAAGAAACUAGUUGAGCUCAAACCUGGAGACAUAGUUGAUGAGAAGAAAAUUGCAUCAGAGAAGGGUGUGCGUGUUGGGGAGAGAGAGGACACACUCCCACCAGGCUACAGAUACUCAGAGGAAGAGCUCAAAAAAUUUCCCCCUCCUCCAAAAGAGACCUCUAUGGCCACAGAUGAUGCACUGGACAUUCUCUCUGAAGGUUUCACAGCCCCUGUUGCAGCACCUGUUGUAAAGGCCCCUGUUCUUCAAAAGGAAAAGACGAAACCUACUGCAGUUCCUGAGAAGUCUAAAGAUGUUCCCAAGGCAAACUUGGAGGAAUUAUCAGCACUAGACGCUCUAGCAGAUGACUUUGUGGCUCCUGCACAGACUGCUCAUAAGGUUUCUUCUGCUGUUCCUAAAAUUGUACCUCCAGGCCAUAAGCAAAAACCAUUGACGGAUGAGGAUGCUCUCGGUGCUUUGGGUGACACACUGGGUGCACCAGAACCACCCAAAAAAUUACCUGAACUGAAACCUGGGGAUAUUGUUCAUGAGAAGGAUGUGACAUCAGAGAAGGGUGUGCGAGUUGGGGAGAGAGAGGACACACUACCACCAGGUUACAGAUUCUCAGAGGAAGACCUCAAAAAACAUCCUCCUCCUAAAAAAGAGCCUUCCUUGGACACCACUGAAGCUCUGGACAUUCUGUCUGGCGAUUUUAAGGACGCCCCUGCAUCUGCUGCUAAGACCACUGUUUGUCCCUCCUCCAAUUCUUCAGCAUAUCUUGCUUUAGAAGCGCUUUCAGAUGAUUUUGUCGCUCCAUCUUCUGCAUCUAAAGUUCAGUCUGCUGUGUCUGGCCCCCCACACGCUGACAGACAGUUGUCAGAAGGUACAUCGUCAGCUUUGGAUGCUCUCUCAGACACUCUUGCAGACAUAAAGCCCGCCCCCGAGCCAGCCCCAAUCUCACCCAAAGCCGUUGUCAAGGAAAAGGACAUCGUGGAGGAGAGAGUUAGUAAACCAGGUGAGAGAGACGACACCCUUCCACCAGAUCACCGGUUCACAGAAGCAGACCGCAAGGCAUUUGAAAAUGCGAAGAAAGCAGAAAAAGACGUCAAACCAAAGCAGAAAUCAAUGGAUGAUGCAGCGGCUCUUGACCUUCUGUCCUGUGAUUUCUCUGAAGUACCCACCGUGAAGCCAUCUGCACCCGAAGCCCACCACUUUACCCCUGAACCAAUCCCCCCAACCCACACGGCACCGGGUCCAGCUUUGGAUCAGCUGGCUGAAAAACUGGUUCCAAACUUGUCCGGUUCCAAACCAAAAGACAGCAAACCAAAGGGAAAAGUUGGCAAGCCAAAGCCUAAAUCAAAGAAACUUUCAACAGAAGACUCCUCAGCUGUAGAGCAGCUGUCCGGUCAGCUGAGCUCCAAUGUGGUGCCGUCAUCUUCUGCAAAGGGUGGAAAAAGAUAGAUUGCCCACUUUCAUGGUGGAUUACAUCUCAUCCCUAACACAGGAAAGUGUCAAUAAAGGGAGCUGCUUGGACGAGAAAUAUAUUUUAUGGUGGAUACGGAAUGAAAAAAAUUAUCGAACCGCACAGAGACACUUAAACAUGUAUUUUAAGUGUUUCCUUCAAGUAAAUUCCCCUUUUCUCUUAAAGCAAAAAAUAAACCUAAAUGUUAUGAUCUUUUAUCUCCUUGUGACUGAUAAAUCUGACUGUUCUUGAUUAGGUCAAGAGCAAAUAUUUUUCUUUCAGCUCAUAGUAAUCCCUUUCAGGUGUGGCAUUGCAAUAAUAAUUAUUCCCAGAGUAAAAUGACUAUGCCAUUUACUACUACUUUCCUUUUGUCAAAAGUCUUGUUCUGUUCGUAGAGAGCUUUCUAUUGUUGUUUGGGAAAUUAUAUAGACACUAGUGUACAGAGAUUUUAUUAUGAAUUCAUUCACAGUUUAUAGGACAGAGGAUACAGAAGAUGAGCUUGAUAAUGAUGCCUUUUGAACACUGUUGAAUAUCUGUAUGACACUAAAUGCACAAAGAAAAACACAAACCUUUUUUGGGAUAUUUCAGAAAGGUGUAGCGUUGUUUCCUGAAGUGCACUUACAGGGAUUCUCUCCAUCUCUCUGUAAAAGAACUGUUACAAAACAAAAAGGAGAGCGAGGAAAAAAAGCUUUACAAACACUAAAUGCCCCAUGUGCCUGUCAAAAUCGCAAAACGGCUUGGAAAAUGGAGUUUAAGGCCUUGUUCCAUUCUGACAACGUCCUGAUGCACUGUCAAAUUUAUAUUCACUUGACUUCAGUGGUUUAUUUAGAAAUAUGCUGCUUAUAGCGCAUGUUUUAACAUGUUUAUUUUCAUAACCACUAGUAAGUUCGCUGGUGUGAUCUUUAAUUUUCACUUUAUCUCAGAUGUUCUGGUUUAAGUGCAAACCACAACAUCACAGUUUUGUUUAAAAUCUGAAAGGACAUAGAACUAUAACCUUUUAAUCCAACUUAAUAUUUUUUUACCAAUUACAUUUUCAGAUCAAGACGUGUCGUCUUAGAUCUUCCAAAGAGCACGCGUAUUAAAUGUGAGACGGCAGAGUUUUCAAGAAGGGAUUUCUAUUCUCAAAAGAAAUUAAAAUAAUUAAACUUUAACCCCAAUUUUGCUUCUUUUGUUAGUUUGUAAUAUUGUUAUGUUUGUAAUGGUCACAUGCAAAUAAAGAUAAGGUGAUUUUUGUUUUGGGACUCAAAUAGUCUAUAUUAUUUUUUGGGUGCAUGCUGUUUCUGAUAUAUCCUCAAAUGUAAAUUCAGGCCAUUAUAACUGGUUGGUCCAGCUUUCUUCAUCUUUAAUGGUUUACAAUUUGUGGAAGGGCAACAUCAUUUUUGAAAGGUUAUCUAUUGUUGAUGUCACAAAGCAUAUUUUGACAUAAAAGUAACCGGUUAUGUACCCCAAGUUUUUCCAUUUGUAUUUUUACUGCUUAUUUCCACUGAACAUUUUGAUAAACAAUGCUGUAGAUUAAGGCCUAAUUUAAUUGGAUGGACGGAGAAAAUGUCAGUCUGUUGAUCCAAUCGGUUAGAGCAUCUGUGGCAUGAUUUGUCCGUCAAGUGUAAGUCUAGUAAGAUUCCAAUAUGUGUUUUAAUAACGUCAUACUUUGGUUAAAUCUUUUCUACAGAAUGCCUAUUUACUCAUACGUGGUGAUUACCUCACCCAAGCACAUUUUUAUUUUUUAAAUCCACUGAA